CCAGUCCCUGAGCCAACAAAAGUACUGCUCACACGGAGUUACUUUCGACGUGGAUACCUGGGUGGGUGGGUGUGCGUUUUAUCCCAACAAGGCCCACCCAAGGGAGACGUUCAGUCUUCAGCUGAGGAAAGCGGUUCGAGUCUCCCUUCGCGGGAAAUGACUGCCUGUGCUUGCAACACAGGGCGACUGAUGUUUGGAGAGAGAACUGGGGUGGACCACUGACGGCAGGAGGCAAACAUUGUUCGCUGUCGCGUUUCAGCAGCGUUGCCUGGGUCUGGUUAUGAAGCUGAGGGAUAUCUCCUAUUUGAGAGAGAGAGAGAGAAGGCGAGAGGAGAGUGAAUGAGAUCCGGAAACUGGGGAUGAGGACCGAUGGCAGACUGGGACCCAGAAGCGAUGGUGUUUAAACGCCGUUUCCUGAAACUCCAUCAUCAUUUGCACCGGCUCCGCUGAAUCCUACAUUUGCAAAAAUAUUGAUAAUAUUUAAACACACGUUUCUCCAGCAAAUGCAGUCUUAUGGAUUAAGACCUGGCGCAUGGAGAUAAUCGUAUACUUCUGUUCAGUUAAUCUUUUCUAUCUACCUCUCAUUCUCGGGAGCUCCAUCAGGAUUGGUCUAGAAGGGAGCUACUCUAACCUCUCGGAACAAAGCAUCCUGCCAUGUAAGAAGGAAGAGCUACAAUGUGGGAAUGGCUUGUGUCUCCUGAACUGGUUACACUGUCAGUACCGGAAGGACUGUGGCCGAGAGUACACCUCUGUCAAGUUAUUAUGUUCGAAGAUUCAGUCGAACCAGAGCGGAAGCCACAGUGGAUAUUCGCAUUAUAUGGACGUCAGCAAUGAUUCCAGUUUGCUGGUGUCACCGCUGGUAGUGGCAGGCAUUGUGAUUGGACUAGUGCUCUUCCUGUCCUGCAUGACCAUCAUUGUCGGCAGCUUCAGAAAAGACAGCCGCUUAAGAAACUCCAAUCUCAGGACCGAGCCAAGUUAUGCCCCAGAUGGUUUCUCAUUUGGAGGAUCUGUUGGAGAGCUGCAAUCAACUUGUGUCGAAGAGUACCCCCCUACUUUCGAUAUCGACUCCUACAUUGAGACACUGUCCCAGAUCAAUGUGAUGUAUCAGGAUUCGCCCCCACACUACGAGGACUGUGUGGGUCACCGUGCUCCUGAUCUCUACCUCCCAGAGGAAGACCCACCGCCAUACUCCCUGACUGACCCACGCCAGAGGAAUGUCUCCACUCACAGGGAGCCCCCUGAGGAUCAGGCCAGAUCCCAGGAACCGGGGGAUCCCCCUCAUGUCCCAAGCCUUCCCUCCGAAUCCCAGCAGGUGGUUGUGUCAAUCUCCUCGAGCUCUGUGCCCCUGGACCAGGCCCCUCCCUAUGAGCAGGUGGUCUUUAACAGGCAGGAGGUGGCCCUCCCACUAAGCCCACCGGGGGAGCUAAAGGACACGCCUGAGGAAUGCAGACCCAUCUCCCGCACCAUCGUGUAAA